AUGGAAUAUGAAGAAGAAGAAUCUAUUCCUAUUAUAAUUUUAGAUCCAGGUUCUUGGAUAAUAAAAAUUGGAUUUGCUAAUGAUGACUUACCGAAAUUUCAAAUUCCUUGUCUAUAUAUAGAAAAAACAUUUGUAAAUUCUAGAAUUAUAAAAUUUGGUAAUGAAGCUAUUGAAGAUUACAUUUUAAUUAAAUAUGCAAAUUCUACAGUUGGUAAAAAAGAAAAAACUUCAGAUAACAAUAAAGAUGAUAAGUUACUUAAUGUCAAAAUGAUUUUUGCUGAUCCUAGACACCCUUUGAGCAAAAAUAGUUUCACUGAUUUAUUUGAAACAUAUAAUUACCUUUUAAAUAAAUUAAAUAUAAAGACGAAUGAUUAUAAUUUACUAGUAGUAAUACCUGAAACAAUUGAAAAACUAUUUAUAUCAAAUUUACUAAAUUGGGCAUUUAAAAAUCAUAAUUUUUUAUCUAUAUCUUUAAUUUUUAAUGCAUUAGCUGCAUCUUAUUAUUAUGGAUUAAAUACAGGAGAAUACGGAAGUAGAAUUGUUCCGGUUGCAGAAAAUCAUGGUAUUUUUUUUGAUAGUAUGAGAAAUUGUGAAAUAGGAGGUUAUUUAAUAAGUAAAUAUAUUUCUAAUUUUGUUAAAAUAAAUGAUAAUUAUAUUGAUUACAUACUUAUUCAAAACUAUAAAGAAUUAAAUAGCUAUGUAAGUCUAGAUAUAGAUAAUAAUAUUAAAUUAGCUACAGAAUGUAAUGGAUUAAUUAAACCAUAUAAAAUUCCUUAUAGUAAUUUUUAUAUUGACCCUAAAGCAGAAAUAUUAAGUCAUGAAAUUUAUUUUCAACCAGAAUUUUUGGCACAUCUACCAGGUAACUUUUAUAAACAAAAUAUUAUAUCAUUAAAUCAAAUGGCUUUUGAAUCCAUUUGUUUAUGUCCAUUAGAUUUAAGAAAAAAAUUUUUAAAUAACAUUAUUUUAAUUGGUGGUGUUUCAAAUUGCACUAAUAUACGUGAAAGGUUACAUAUGGAAUUAAUGCAUAUAAUUAAAAGUAAAAAUUAUAGUGAAAGUGUUAAAAUUAAUAUUAAAGAAAUAAGAAUGUCCGAUAUUGCUUCUUAUUUAGGGUGUAAAAAAUAUGGAAAAGUGCUUUUUUAUAACAAAAAAAAAUGGAUAAAAAGGAAUGAAUAUUUCACUUCAUCAAAAAAUCAAAUAAUACAAAAAUUAUUGAUGUGGGCUAAUGUUCUGUAG